GGUCUGACUGUAAAAUUGAGCAAUUCUGCGCCUACUAGCCCGAGACGCGGGGGUGACCCGUCUGCUUAUCCGCAUUCUCUCUUCUCACUCCUAACUCUCAUGUUCCUCACCCAUCUCCAUUAUUAACCGCCUUUCGACUGCCAGCGUCUCCAUAUUCCCUUUCUGCAUUCGCUGUACAUGCUCAGUGAGGAAACUGCUUGUCUAUAUAUCUCGUCCAAAUGCCCUACGUCGAUCUCGUGACUGGACAAGAUGACUAUGCUUCGCUGUGGUACACCACCAACAGCCUCAGCGGGACAGUCGGUGACUUCGACCCUGACAAGCCAGUCAUCAUCAUGCUACACCCUAUUUUCCUCGACUCGGAAUGGCUAUACCUCCAACUCCAGGAUCCAAGACUAGACCACAACUUCAACAUCAUUGCGUUCGAUGCUCGUUGCGCAGGUCGUACCCACUCGCGGCCAAAUGGAAAGCAUGACCACUGGACGGACGCUGCGGAUUUGGCGUUUGCCAUCCAGGCCUUGUGGUUGCCACCCGCUCACAUAUGGGCCUCAGAGUCCUUCGCAACGAACACCGCACUUCGCCUUGCCGCACUCUUCCCCGAAAUGUGUCUAAGUCUCGUCAUUUUGACCGUGCCGCCACCGACAGAACUGACGGCAUACUUCGGCCGUCUCGAGGAGUUGCUUCACACCUGGGGGUUUGCGGAUGAUCUGGAUACACUCGAGCACUCGUUAGCGGAAGGAAUGAAGCUCCUGAUUGGUUUCGACAUCCACGACGAUAUUCUUGAUGAGUUGGUAGGGUACCUGGAGAUGCAUUAUCCUCCUUGGAAGAGGGUUCAGAUUGCAGAGAUGAGUAAUCUCGUCAUGAACCGGACAGCGCUCACCCCCAAAGAGCUAGCAGCCAUAACAUGUCCAACCCUUCUUAUCCACGGCGACCGGAAUGAGCUACACCCCGUCGACUUUGCCAAGAAGAUGAAAGACGACCUGAUCAACGUCGAAGGCGGUGCCAUGCUCUACAUCAUGAAAGGCGCCUCAGGCUACCUCUCCGUCGACCCCUCCGCCGCGUCCAUCGCGAACCAGACCGUACACAAAUGGAUCUCUCGGUUCCGGCACGAGCGCCAGGAUUCCUGCAGGCCUGCGGAGCCCACGGACGAGCGAAUGAAGCGCGCGUUGCGCAAGUUGGGAGAGUUCGCGAAGGACGUGGAUGGGUUUAAGGAUCGGAACCCGUGGAGCUCCAUGAGCUUCUCGAGGGUGACGAGGGAGGUGGAGAAGGCGCAGAUGCAGAUGAUCAAGAGGGUCGCUGUUGGGGCAAGUAUGGCUUUCUCGCCGCUGGGUUCGGACGGAAGGCCUAUGCGAAAAUACUCAGAGAGACUACACGAUCAUUGGUUCACGGGUGAUCAAAACGGCUGGUCCUACGUCGAAAAAUUCAGACCUCCUACCCACCGCAACAAAAUCCCCAUUAUCGAAGAAAGAGCACACGACCUCGCCAGUCCAGACGUCUGCGCCCAUGCACCAGAAACGAUGUCCCAGGAGCUCAUCACGGAUAACGCGGCGAGGCGGAUCGCGUUCUCGCCGCAGACGGUCGCUAGUGUAGAGAGGACGGUGAUCAAGGGGAGCGUGAGCAGGGUGGCGAGCGCGACGGGAUUGCCAUUCACGAAGUUGCUCAAGUCUUGAGUGGGGACUCAUCAAAAAUGGCGUCCGGUUUCUUCUUCUUCUUCUUCUGAGUCUUUCUUUCGGAUGCACUGGUGAUUGAUGCUUCCGAGGAGGAAGACGGUGGCCGGUGUUAUUCGCGGAGGCAAUGGUGGCGGGAGAGGGGUGGGUUGAGCGGUGUGUUCCACCACCCAUGCGUCUGAUGGGGAGAGGUCUGGAGUAUUUAUAUUUGUUGAUUGAUGUUGGUCCUGAUGAUGAGAGUGAGAUGGAGUGGGGAGUCAGGAUCAGUCUCGAGAGCUUGGUGGCGGGAGUUGCAUAAGAUGCGAUACGGGACUCUGUUUCAGGCCGCCAUUCCCUUCUGCUGCGGUUCGCCUACCUGGCUCCUUCACCGUGCUUGGACAUUCGUGCUCAUACCAUCCUCACAGUCAUUUCUCCACGCACGUACGUCUACGUCGUACAUAACUUAACUUUAGAUACACACACAUCCACUCUUUCACGCCACACGCCACACGAACACACACACACCGCUCAAACUUGCAUUUGUUACUGUACAUACGACCGCGUUCAUCUUUCGUUUCUUGUCCACUGGCAUCGACCGUCAUGAUCUCUACGAUAAUAAGCACAUAUAUCCCUUUUUUUCAACCUUGGUCUACGUAGACGAUUCAUUUGGAAUUCGUGUGUACUCUAUAGCCGUUUUUUGAUCUUUUAAACCUAGUAUACCCCCUCUUCAAAGCUUCAAAUCC